AUGGGCUGUCAUUUCGACGUAAUGGCAUCGCGGUGGUACGCCCCGGAGUGCUUCGACAGGGAGGUACUAGAUGACAUGCUGGCGGAGCCCAAGGUCAACUGGAACUUCACGUGGUGGAGCGACGCCAAGCACACCCAGCUGGUGCCCCCAGAGAAGGUAUUUGGCGGCGAGUUCGAGAAGGUCUACCCCAACAACCUGUUCCACAUCAAGCACUGCCUGCACCUGUGGCGCAAGCUGCACCACGCCGUGAUCACGCGGAGGCCGGUGGACGAGGACAUUCUGGACUACGAGCACACCGUGCACUGCACCAACAUGAUCAUGAACUGGACGGACCCGGGGUUCAACAGAAACAGUGUCACCCACGCAGAGUCGGCGAGGCCUUUCUGUAGGAGCCAGGCUGUUGGGCUGUUGGAAGCACCUGUACCAUAG